AAAGUCAGAAAGACGCAGCUGGAGCCCCAGGGCAGCCUCUUCCAGGAACCCAGGCACUUUCUCGAGCCACCUCUAAUUGGAGAAGUCACGGAUAUUCUACAGGCUAGGACCACGAUACAGAAACAUGAGCCAGGACGGCAAAGUGAAGACAACAGAGUCCACGCCCCCAGCCCCAACCAAAGCCAGGAAGUGGCUGCCAGUCCUGGACCCAUCUGGGGAUUAUUACUACUGGUGGCUGAACACGAUGGUCUUCCCAAUCAUGUAUAAUCUCAUCAUCAUUGUAUGCAGGGCCUGCUUUCCUGACUUGCAGCACAGUUACCUGGUGGCCUGGUUUGUGCUGGACUACACGAGUGAUCUGCUGUACCUACUAGAUAUCGGGGUACGCUUCCACACAGGAUUCCUAGAGCAGGGUAUCCUGGUGGUAGACAAAGGCAUGAUCGCCAAUCGCUACGUCCGCACCUGGAGCUUCCUGUUGGACCUGGCUUCCCUAGUCCCCACAGAUGCAGCCUAUGUGCAGCUGGGCCCCCACAUCCCUACACUCCGGCUAAACCGCUUUCUCCGAGUUCCCCGCCUCUUCGAGGCUUUCGACCGUACAGAGACCCGCACAGCUUACCCAAAUGCCUUCCGCAUAGCCAAGCUGAUGAUCUACAUUUUUGUCGUCAUCCAUUGGAACAGCUGCUUAUACUUCGCCCUGUCCAGGUACCUGGGCUUCGGACGGGAUGCAUGGGUAUACCCAGACCCCGCGCAGCCUGGCUUUGAGCGCUUGCGGCGCCAGUAUCUCUACAGCUUCUACUUCUCCACUCUGAUCCUGACUACUGUGGGUGACACGCCGCUGCCAGCCCGAGAGGAAGAGUACCUCUUCAUGGUGGGUGACUUCCUGCUGGCUGUCAUGGGUUUCGCCACCAUCAUGGGUAGCAUGAGCUCUGUCAUUUACAACAUGAACACAGCAGAUGCAGCCUUCUACCCAGACCAUGCUCUGGUAAAGAAGUACAUGAAGCUACAGCAUGUCAACCGAAGGCUGGAGCGGCGCGUUAUUGACUGGUACCAGCAUCUGCAGAUCAACAAGAAGAUGACCAAUGAGGUAGCCAUCUUGCAGCACUUGCCUGAGCGGUUGCGGGCAGAGGUCGCUGUGUCCGUACACCUGUCUACCCUGAGCCGAGUACAGAUCUUCCAGAACUGUGAAGCCAGCCUGCUGGAAGAGCUGGUGCUGAAGCUCCAGCCUCAGACCUACUCACCAGGCGAAUAUGUAUGCCGCAAAGGGGACAUUGGCCGAGAGAUGUACAUCAUCCGCGAGGGCCAGCUGGCUGUGGUGGCAGAUGAUGGUGUCACGCAGUACGCUGUGCUUGGUGCAGGGCUCUACUUUGGGGAGAUCAGUAUCAUCAACAUCAAAGGGAACAUGUCUGGAAACCGACGAACAGCUAACAUCAAGAGCCUGGGCUAUUCAGACCUGUUCUGCCUCAGCAAGGAGGAUCUGCGGGAGGUACUGAGUGAGUACCCACAGGCCCAGGCGGUCAUGGAGGAGAAGGGCCGCGAAAUCUUGCUCAAAAUGAAUAAAUUGGAUGUGAAUGCUGAGGCAGCUGAGAUCGCCCUCCAGGAGGCCACAGAGUCUAGGCUGAAAGGCCUCGACCAGCAGCUUGAUGAUCUACAGACCAAGUUUGCCCGCCUCCUGGCUGAGCUGGAGUCCAGCGCACUGAAGAUAGCUUACCGCAUUGAAAGGCUGGAGUGGCAGACUCGAGAGUGGCCCAUGCCAGAGGACAUGGGUGAGGCUGAUGAUGAGGCUGAGCCUGGAGAAGGAACGUCCAAGGAUGGAGAGGGAAAGCCUGGCCAGGAGGCCUAGAAUGACCCCAUCCUCACCCUAGGACUCCCAGCUCAAGUAAAUCCAGAGUGCUAGGAAGUCUGCCUGCAGGAAUUGUCAUCCUAUUUGCUAGGUCACAGAAACUUAGGUAAACUGGCCUAGAGAUACACACACACACACACACACACACACACACACACACGCUCAGGCUCAGGCUCAGGCAAGACUGAGUUCCACAUACAAUGUUCCUGUCUUCUGCUCCCAGUGCAUCCUCAAAAGCUUGACAAUGACUUACACUCACCCUGUGUUCACUGAGAACAACUUAGUGCACUGGGACUGCUGGGGUAACCUUUGUACAUUUAAAGGACAGUGUUGGAGCUACAGGGAAAGAAGGCAGAUAUAAUUUCUGAACUAUGUUCACUCUAGAUCACCGCUUCAGCUGCUUCAGGGCAUGGCCAGACUUCAGGUCUGAGCUGGGCUAGGUGGUAUUUUAAAAUGAACGUGAUGUGUAACUUAGAGUUCAGCUAGAUAAUAAGCGUCAUUAUUGGGAGAGAUUAAGAGGAUGAUUUACCCUUUAAAACAUUUUAAAAUAUGUAAUUAUUUUGUCUUAUUAAUAAAAUGUAAAGUUC